AAAUCAAAUUGCCAAAAAGGAUGGGCAAGUCUUCGAAAGAUAAGCGAGAUAUCUAUUACCGAUUGGCUAAAGAACAAGGCUGGCGGGCACGAAGUGCGUUCAAGCUGCUGCAAAUUGAUGAGGAGUUUAAUAUUUUUCAGGGAGUAAAUCGAUGUGUUGAUCUCUGCGCUGCUCCCGGCAGCUGGAGUCAAGUCCUGAGUAAGAAUCUCAAGUCUGAUGAUCCAGCCACUCGACCAAAAAUUGUGGCAGUGGAUUUGCAGGCCAUGGCGCCUCUUCCAGGAGUGAUUCAGCUACAAGGAGAUAUCACUAAGCGAUCGACUGCAGAGCAGAUCGUAUCCUACUUUGAGGGACAGCUUGCGGAUUUAGUAGUUUGCGACGGUGCGCCGGAUGUGACCGGUCUGCACGACAUGGAUGAGUACAUUCAAGCCCAGCUCUUACUAGCGGCACUCAACAUCACAACACAUGUUCUACGACCAGGUGGAACUUUUGUAGCGAAGAUUUUCAGAGGCAAAGACAUAUCCCUCCUCUAUGCUCAAAUGAAAGUUUUCUUUCCGGUGGUGACGUGCUCGAAGCCACGAAGUUCGCGAAAUUCUAGUAUAGAGGCAUUUAUCGUAUGCCAAGAUUAUACUCCACCCGAGGGAUAUAUUCCGACGAUGCUAAAUCCCUUGCUGGAUCUGACAUACGAUGAGAAGAACGAGCUCACAGGUGUUAACCGCGUUAUUGUACCUUUUGUGGCAUGUGGAGAUUUGAGUGGGUUUGAUUCUGAUCAGACUUAUCCCUUACCGAAGGGAGAUGGUGCAGAGUACAGCACGUUGGAGCCAGUUCAAGCACCUAUCCGUCCGCCUUAUCAGACCUAUAUUGAUAAAAAAAAGAGGAAUGAGUUACCAUAGAUCUUACCUUGCGGCGCAAAACGUUGUUGUUGCAGUAACGUUCCCUGUUGCAUAGACAGGACAUUUCAACCGCUUAUGGGAACUGACUAUUUCAUACAACGACAUAGAAGAAUGCCGUGUCAGGCUUACCGUGACAUGUGGUAGUUAUUUAUAUUACGCAAGGAUUUGUUGUCGCGCCCAAUCACCCUGAAGGGGAUACGACCCUGAAGCCGAAACGUUUGCUAUAAAUUAAUGUCGGUACAUAUUUUCUACAUUUGAACUCAGCCUAUAGCCAUCAUUUACACACAAAAUACCUAUUGUGGGCAAUGGUGGCCGGGCCAAUAGGUGUCUGUUGCUCUGUCAGUUAGCAUGAUGAUAAAGUUUCCCAAACCCAUCAUUGGGCAACCAGCAAAAGGAGAGUCAGUCAAGCGACUGGGGGCAUUGAAGAAGAAUUGAUCGUUCUUUUGGAAGGCAUGUACACUAUGUCUUAUACGCUUGACUUUGAAGGAGAAUAGAUGCAUGUAGCGUGCUAACUGCUGGUGGAGAACAGACACAAUGCCUCAACACGUUUUCGUAACAAUACCAACC